UGAUCCCGGUGGCCGCUCUCAGGUUUCUCUCUGGCAUGUGGGCAUCUUAUGAUAAAGACGAGGUACACAAAGUAUUUUAAGACAGAAGAUUAUGGCUAGGCAACUGAUGCAACGGAUGAGUCUUUUGCUGAAACCUCAGCCUCACAAGCCACAGGUUUUGAAACCGGCUCUGUCAUGUUAUGUGAAUUCGCUCUUCAUCAAGUCUGUUGCGCAAAGUAGAAUGUUCUGCAAGCAUGUGGACAUAGUGGAUCACACCUGCAAGAUAUCGAACUACGAUGAAUAUCUCAUGAACUACAAACCUGUUCAACGGAUCUUGAAGAAUACCCUCGUGGAGAUCCUUGGUAUAUCAAGAAUGGAAAUUAACAAAAUUGUCGAGGACUAUCCGCAGCUAAAAAAGAGAUCCAGGGCGAAUAUUCUGAAUAAUUAUUACAAUCUGAUAGAGGCUGGGAUGCAAAAAAGUACUAUCAUAAACAAUGUCUGGUUGCUGGCGCAUGAAAACAAUAAACUCAUUGAUAAGCUUGAUUGUCUUAAAGUUCUUAAUAUGGACAAUAACCAGCUUGUACCAUGGCUAUGCUUGACUCAGGAGGAAUUAGCAAAUUAUGUACUUUAUACUCAACAGGAUAUGGAUUCUUAUACAUAUAACAGAAUGGAAUAUCUUUCUCAUAAAUUAGAGUGCAGCAUACAACGGUUAUGUGAAGUAACAGUACUGAAUUCAUUCUUAAUGAAAAUUCCAGUUUCCUCUAUAGAUAAGAAGUUGAACAUAUUGCAUGAAUAUAAUGUAAGCAAUAACGAUAUACUAAAAGAUGUAUGGGUACUUCGAUAUAGCGAAAAUCAUAUACGUCACAGAUGCGAGUUGUAUAAAGAUACAGGACAGUUAAAGAUAAAAACGUGGGCUAUACGAUGUCCGCUUAAAGUUAUAUCAAGGGCCAUUCAAAAGAAUAAGGUAGAACGUAGCUUAAUGCAACAAUGUGAAAAUGUUAGCGAAUAUUUGCAAAAUAAAUUGAAGGUUGACGAAGAAACACUCAAUUCGGCUGCCAAGAAAAUGCCAGGUGUUUUUCGGGUAAAUAUAGCGAAAUUGGAUCAGUUAAUCAAUAUACUUCAUCAGAAUGGAAUUACUAGCGAUGAAAUAUUACGGCAUGCACGAGUCUUCUAUUUCAAUAUAGAAACUGUGCAGAAUCGAAUUGAGAUGUUAAAGAAGGAAGGUCUUCUUCCAAAUCUUGCAGUGUUAACACAAGCUGAGCGAGUGUUUGAACACCAUAUAGAGAUGAGUAACCUACGGCGGAAACUGUUGCAAGAACACGGAAGUGUUGAAAAUUUCUUACUCGAUCAAUUAGAUGUGGACAAAAAGCUCCUUGAAGAAGUAAUUACAAAACAUCCGUCUAUCUUACGAGUAAAGUUUAAAAAAGUAAUUGAAUUGAUCGAUGUACUGCGACAAAAUGGUAUAACGGGUAACGACAUAAUAACACAUCCAAGAGUUUUUUACUUUAAUACUGAAACACUGCGUAAGCGAAUUCAAAUACUAAAAGAAGCCGGUAUACCGCUAAGAAUCAGUUUAAUACUGCGUAAUCGAAGAACAUUAGAUCGAUAUAAACUCAGAUCACAAAAUUCAAAGAACAUUAAUACAUAAAAAUUAAUGUUUAGUAUUUCUUCAAUAUUAACUAUUUUUAUAAUGUACAAACUUGCAAAAAACA